UUUCAUUCAUUUUGUUGCCGUCGUCGUCUUCCUCCGCGCUCCCUCCGACUUGUUUGAUUAGGUUGAGAAAAGAAAAACAAGAGAUGGCAGGACACAGGGUUGCACAUGCCACAUUGAAAGGGCCUAGCGUUGUGAAGGAGUUGAUUAUUGGUAUGGCACUUGGUUUAGCUGCUGGUGGUCUUUGGAAGAUGCAUCAUUGGAACGAACAGAGGAAGACCAGAGCUUUCUAUGACUUGCUUGAGAGAGGUGAGAUCAGUGUUAUACCCGCUGAGGAGUAAUAAAAACACGAACGGAUGAUGAUUUCUGAAUUCUGCUUUUCUCGGUUUCUUGAUAACUCUCUCCAUAUUACUUUUGGAAUUUUGUGAGAAAUAAACUAAUCUGAGAAUGUGAUUUGUUAGAUUCAUAAACACACACAUUCUCGUUUGCUUUCGUUUGUAUUCUUGUUAUCUCAAAAUAAUUGUUGAAACUUA